AUGGGGUUUUUUGAUUUGUUCCGGCGAAAGGUGACUGUCCAACCGGAACAAAAGUGGGAUUUUAUCAGUCUUAAUGACUUCAAAUCCACAUCAGUCUUCACCCCUUUAGCGUACGCUUACCUAUGGGUUUCCAUCUUUAUCUCGUGCGCCGUCUACAUCGUCGAUAUUUUCACCAUGGUUCAACUGUUGGCUUUCCAGAAAUGGUCUUCUCAGGUUCAACCAACCUCACUCAUUCCUAUCGUCGUAUCAAAGUGGAUUUUCACCAUCUGCAUUAUCCUUUCUGCGGUCAACCUCAUAUACGAGCAUAUUCGUGCCAACCGAGCUAUGCGCAGCGGAAGUGUCGCCGAAUCCUUCCUUGAUCACCUGGCCGCGAAACUCGAGAGUUUGCGAAUUUUUGGCGGAAAAGGAUGGAAGCGGUUCCUGGUUUUCGCCGCGUUGACCGAGAGUAAAAAGGGUGCUGAGUAUAUUGCACUGUUCUGCUACUUCAACUUUCAAUCAUGGAUCCGUGUCCUUUUCUGUUCUGGACCUCGACAGGUUGUCAACGCAUUCACCCUAUACUCUUUUUACAACAGUAACCUCAGAGUAGAUGGGCAGGAUUUUGGAACCUCAAUGAUGGAUUUCUUCAGAAAAAUCGAGGCUUUUGCUGAGAACGACUACCGCCAAGCUGCUACUCUAUCCGGCAUGUGCUUUACACUGCUCAUCUGGAUCUUCUCAUUCCUACAAUUGCUGCUCUCCGGAGUCCUCUUCGUCUGCUUCUUGUGGUGUUAUAUCCCUCGUGCGGAUGGCGGCUUGACUGGAUUCUGCGAGCGCAAGGUCAACAAGCGCUUAAAGCAGAUUGUGUCGGCCAAGAUCAACGCGGCAAUGGCCGAGGAGGAAGAAAAGAGGAAGAAGGCGCAAAUGAAAGCGGCCAAGAAGAAGGGCGAGGAUAGGCCGAUGACAAUGAAGGCGACACUACCGAAUGUCGGCGCUAGCAUUGAAAGCAGAACCGAGAAGUUGCCCGAUAUGCCAUCGCUCAGCAGGCAAGAUACGAUGGCUACACUUCCGGCCUACACCUCUCGACCCUCUACCCCGGGAGGCUACGAGCUUGGGUCGAUUGAAAAGCGACCGAUGCCGCCAUCCCGUGCAGGAACCUUUGCGACGCAAUUCUCUGGCGCCUCCAGUACGUCACUCAUCGGGGCAGCCGCCGAGCCCGCUAGGCAGCGCGCCAAUGAUGCUCCUACUGUUCCCAAGAUCGAUAUGUAUAAUAUCCCACCGACAAGAACAGCAACUAUGCUUUCACAGAGCAGCUAUGGAACUGCGUCGCAGUCGAACUUCGAACCGCGUCCUCUUGGUAGGGCCGCUACUGGGCUGUCUAACUACGAUACUGCGUCGUCGCAGUCAGAAUUUCAACCUCGUCCCCCUAUUAGAACGGCUACUGGGAUAUCCAACGUCAGUUCUGUGCCUUCACAGCAACCGAGCUUUCAGCCACGGCCACUUACAAGAGCUGCGACUGGCAUGUCCAACAUGGGUCCUGGGCCUCAGUCGCAGUUCCAGCCGAACCAACCUCGUCCUCUUACUCGGGCUGCGACUGGGCUGUCUAACACGAGUGCUGGACCCCAGUCCCAAGCGGACUAUCAGCCUCCUAGGGCUGGAACAGUUCCGCCUCAGAACAACUUUAGACCUGGCAUGCAACAGCCACCUCCUCCCAGGGCUGGAACAGCCCCUCCGAGAAAUGAAUUCGGGCCUCCAAUGCAACAGCCAAAUUCCACGUUUGGACCUGGCUACACUGAUAGUCCCGCGACUUACUCGACCGCAACGAUGCCCGCUUUCCAGCUACCCGCUAGGGCGCCAACUGCUCCUGCGAUGAGCUAUUCUAACAACAACUACAGGGGCGCCGAGCCGAGACCGAUUGAGCGUGCGUAUACUGGUAACGCCGGAAACCAAAGUCAUUACGACAACUUCUCGGCAGGUAGCCAAGUACCUCAAACCAACAACCCCUAUGGUGGUUUUAGUGGCCACAUGUCGAACGGGUACGAUCAGGAUGGCUACGGUGGUGGUUACGGCCAGGAUAUUUAUAGGCAGGACAAUUACGGACAACAACAAGGUUAUAUGUAUGAUGAUAACGGCCAUGACAACUACGGGCACGAUGGCUAUGGGUAUCCAGCGCAGAACAACUCACAGAUGCCUCCAAGGCUGGGAAGCGCUCCACCACCACAGACGCAACCAGGAUACCAACCGUACAUUCCCCAGAGGACCAUGACCGCUCCGCCGGAGGGGCAGCCCUACUAUCACCAUCAGCAGAAACCUAGCAAGAGUUCUCUGAGUAGUGUGGCUGAAGUACCAGCUGAAUUGCCGGUCGAAACCUCGAGUGGACAGCUGCCCCCCGCCAGAGCAGGAAGUGUCACCUCAGAUUAUCUCGAGUACAUGAUGGACGGCUCGCCUAGCUCGAGGAAGACGGAUGCUCCUCCCAAGACGAGAAAUGGAAGUGUAAGCAGCCAGGGCAGUAGUGGUGCUGCCAAUCAGGAAACCAGGAGUAGCGGGACGCACUCUAGGCAAGGAAGCGCCGGUAGUGUUUCCAAGGCUGCUAGUGCUGUCAGUAAUAGCACAAGCAGCAGCAGGAAAGGGAGCGUGGCUUCUUCCGUCAGCAGUAGCAGCAGUUCUCAUCAGAGGCAAGGUAGUGUCGGCAGCGUUGCAUCUACUGCUUCUUCUCGUCGAGAUCCGGAGACUACUACUGCUCAUGCCAGGCAAGCCAGCAACGAUAGCGUCGCUGCUACCCCAACUCCCGCCAGCCGUGAGGAUUACUUGGCCAACAACACCCUUGUUCGACAAGCAAGUAACGAUGCUGCUUCCAGUGAUCACCUCGGUGGUAACAGCGAUAAUGAUGUCAGGCCAGAGAGCAGCGCCAGCAACAGCCGCGCUACGGCACCUCAGCAGCAGGAGGAAGAUGAAGAGGACGAUUACUUCGGCGGCAUCAACCGCGCUCUCUCUCAGGACCAGCAACAGCGCCAGCAGCCCGCCUCUUCUGACCGCGAAGUCGACAACGACGGCGAAGAUCUUUUCGGCCCCACUACCUUCGGCAACACCUUUAUGCGGACCAACACGGCUCCCAUUGCUUUAGACAGCAACAGUAGUGAUGGUGAUAUCAGACCGAUAGCAAGGACGGCUACUGCUCCUCCUUUCCUUCAGCAUCAACAACAACCGCAACAGCAGCAGCAGCAGCAGCAGCAGCAGCAGCAGCAGCAGCACCAAAAGCAGGAUGAGGAUGAGGACUAUUUCAGCCAACCGAGCUACCAAUCGAGCUAUCAACCGAGCUACAACAAUUACAACAACAAUAACGUCAAUAACUACGACCAAAGCAACAACACUAUCAAUAUCAACAACAAUAAUAGCAACUACCACAACAAUAACGGGUGGAACGAGGACAUCGAGCGAGGAGAAAGGAUCAUGGACAUGAGGCAGAAUCAGAUACCCCACAACAAUGGAGGAGGAAACGGAGAAAACGGACGAUAUGCCGGAGGGGGGUAUGGAGGACAAGGAAGGGGAGGAGGAGAUUAUGACUAUGACGGUAGUGGUUACGGUGGUGGCAGAUGGUAG